AUGGAUGUUUGCAUCAAUCACGCCAUCAGCAGGGAGAGGCCGUCCUCGCUUGCCCGGCUGUAUGCAGACCCCAGGGGCAGAGCCGUCCGCUGUUUUGCAGUGAGUCAGACAGGCGCAGUGGCGGCGAUUUGUCUGGAGCCGUACAGCGCUGCAGCUCUCGCGGCUGCUUCAGAGCAGUGCAAAACAACAAGGGGGGAAGGCCUUUCUGGAUCGAGCGCUCCCGCCUCGAAGAGGCCCUCGGAGACACUUCCAAAAUCCUCCGAGGCACAGGCGCGACGGCGACUUCAGACAGCCGAACCCUUGCAGCGGGAAGCAGCGGCACAUUUUCUUCACGAGGCAGAGAGCUCGCCGCGCUCAGCCUCGUCCGUGCGAGAGCGGAAGAAUGAGCAGCGAGCUCACAGUGCCGAGCAUUUCCAAGCAGCUUCGGGGAGAGAUCCUCUGGAGAUUCCAAAGGAGGCGAAAAACAGCCGCCACACAGAGGCCGCCUCGGAGUCGCUUCCUCAUGCUGAUUCUCCAGCUGAUGAGGACUCCUACUACGCCGCGCGGAGGCUGCGGAGUCGUGCCGCAAGAAAGCACCGAGACGCAGAGCUGCUGCCACUGCGAGACGGCCGUGGCAGAUGCAGGGACGCUGCAGCGGCACUGAAAAGAUCGCCUUGGCUCUUUGAGAGCGCCGCUUCUAGCUGGGAAACUUCGGCAGCCUCCGAAUCCUCUCCAGGAUGCGGGAAGAAUGAGGAGAAGGGAGCGCUGCUUGAUGAGGCCAGCAGCGGCUACCUCCCUGCUGCUACGACGCUUGUUACAGGGGCUGACGAUCCGCGAGUGGCAAGCCGUCCCCAAAGACAGCUUCCCCUGCGCCUUUCCUCCCCCCCUGCCGUGCAGCAGGAGGACGUCGAGGCGGGGUGCAUCGUUCUUGUUGAUACACGGCAUUUGUUGCCGGUGUGGGAAAUGCCGCUUGCGAGCUCCCCCGCGCCGACUGAGGCAGACAGGCUGGGGAAAAUCGGCAGCGAGGCUCAGCAUGCCGCUCUCCUCUCCUCGCAAUGGGUGAUCGACGCUUGGGGGGGGCCUACAUGCAGCGUGGGGAGAGAAGAAGUUCGCGCCAAAGCCCCUCUUCAGGGAGAGGCUGAAGGCUUCUCGAGCAGCGCAGCAGGCGACAAGGCCGCUGCAGAAGCCGGAGGCUUUGGCUGCAACGGAGCAGCUAAAGACGACGUUUUUUCUGCGGAAGAACUCGUGCAAACUUCGCACGAAAGCCCCGCCUUGCUGUUCUCCCUUGAGGAAAAGGAUUCGUGGGAUCGCGAUCCUCUCUCCCCCCGCUCCCUUCCUCCCUUCGGCGGCCCCUACUGCUACGCAGAGGCUUUGCUGCAGUUCUCAGGACGAGACGGGAGGCAUCAUCAGCGAGAAACAUCCGAGAUAGGUGGGCUUGCAGGAGGGCCUCCUGUGGCUCCGGAGAGGGGCACUGGACGGCUGAAAAAAGGCACUUACGCCAUUGCCCUCUUCAAAUAUACUGUAGGCUGCUGCCUGCAAUUCACCAGCGGCGUCUAUCGAGGGAAUUGGGCAACCUCGACUGACACGGAAGAGCUCUCCAGUGCUCCUGCUGCUCCUGCUGAGGGCUUCCCCAAAUCUAUCAGCCAGCUGCAGAGGGAUUUCCCCGUUGCUGCGUUUCAUCAGCAGCUGCAAACAGAGGGGAGGCCUCCUCUCGUGCCGCUGCCGCCUCUUCCCGCCGCUGCUGCUGCAUCUGCUUCCUCAUCCACGUUGAAUGCAAUGGGGAUCUCCAAGCCAGAGAGUGACUGCGGCAGGUGGCUCGUGGCGAUCGUGCUGCCUUGCGGGAUGAUUGUUGUGCUUGACCUCCAUCACCGAGUGUUGGCUAGAUACCGCUUUCCGACCCCCAAAGCGGGGUAUUUCGAUCGUCUGGAAGCACAAGAGGGAGGGUCCUUUCUGGUAGCUUGGAGAGAGAAGCUCUGUGUCUUGUUCUCGCUACUCCCAGCAGCAGCAGGAACAACAGCAGGGGCCGUACAGACACUGCAGGACCCUCUAGAGGCCUUCUGGAGCCUCCCCGCAGCUGACCGGAUGCAACAACAGCAGCAGCAGCAACAGCAGCAACAGCAGCAACAACAACGGCAGCAAGGUGAAGGAAAGCAGGGGCAGCAGCAGUGUCGCGUGCAAGCCAUCAUGGAUCAGCAGCAGCCUGCCGAAUCGAUGCAAAGGCAGCGGCACCCGCAAGAGCAGCAUGAGGAGGAGGUCGAUGAGGAAAGGCAUCAUGAAGGCUCCCGGAGGAGCGAAGAAGGCAGCAGCAGAAGUUGCAGUCGGAGUGCGUCAAUAGGGCCAUCUCCCUCAGCGAGGCGAUGUUUGUAUUCUCGAGAAAAGAAGGGGCUGCAUACCGCUCGAGAUCUCCUGCAGGGAAAGGGUCUUGCAGGCAUCUCUUCGGGGGGCAGUUGCGAAAGAAGUGGCACUUCUAUUAGUGGUGGAGGAGCUGCUCAGCGUGGUCUGCGGUGUUCCUCUCUCUCCGCCUCCCGCGCCGCAGCAGCAGAGGAAAAGGAUCUUUUGUCUCUUCGAGUGCAGGGGGAGCUGCCUGUGGGGGCACGCUAUGGACAAAGCGGCGCUAAGAUGGAACGUUUUUCCAUCCUCACCUUUUCCAAGGAUCCAAUGCUGCAGUGGCUCGCCAUUGUUUCUCGCAAGGGGAUUCGUGUGAGCGCUCCUGUUUUGCCGCGCGAUGUUGUUGCUGUUGAGUCUUCUCCAUGCGGUGGUGUUGCUGUUGAGUCUUCUCCAUGCGGUGGUGUUGCUGUCGAGUCUUCUCCAUGCGGUGGUGUUGCUGUCGAGUCUUCUCCAUGCGGUGGUGUUGCUGUUGAGUCUUCUCCAUGCAGUGGUGUUGCGGUUGAGUCUUUGCCCCUUUCGUCACCGCCAGUCCUUUUCCGCCUUCGCCGCCUCUCUGGGGGGACGCAAGCAGCAAGACGCGCAACGGGAUGCUCAACUAGCGCUGCUGUAUGCGUCGUAUCUCAGGGGAGAGACUCUUCAGCAGCCAGCUGCUCGUUUCCCGACCGACUUUCUUCUCCGAGACAAUGA